AUGGGGACACAACAACCUCAAGAGGGGGGAGCACAACCCCAGGGGGGGCAGCCAACAACCCCAGGGCGCAGCCAAAAACCUCAGGGGGUGCGGCCAACAACCUCAGGGGGAGCAGCCAACAACCUCAGGGGGUGCAGCCAACAACCUCAGGGGUGGCAGCCAACAACUCAUGGGGGUGCACAACAACCCCGGGGAGCAGCCAACAACCUCAGGGGAAGCAGCCAACAUCAAGGGGGAGCAGCCAACAACCUAAGGAGGAGCAGCCAACAACCCCAGGGGGCAGCCAACAACCUCAGAGCAGCCAACAACCUCAAGGGGGAAGCAGCACCAUUCUCAUGGGGGAGCAGCCAACCCCUCUGGGGAGCUGCCAACAACCUUGGGGACAGCCAACAACCUCAGGUGAGCAGUCAACAACCUCCGGGGGGCAGCCAACAACCACAAGGGGGGUCACCAACAACCUCAGGAGGGGAGAGCCAACAACCCAGGGGGUGCAGCCAAAACCUCAGGGGGAGCAGCCAACAACCCCAGUGGAGAGCCAACCAGGGUGGGCAGCAAACAACCUCAGGGGGUGCAGCCAACAACCCAGAGGGGAGCUACCAACAACUCAGGGGGAGCAGCCAACAACCUCAAGGGAAGCAGCCAACACCAGCCAACAACCUCAGGGGGAGCAGCCAACAACCUGAGGGGAAGCAGCCACCAAUCUCAGGGGGGAGGCCAACAACCGGGGGGAGCCAACAACCUCAGGCAGCCAACAAACUCAGGGGGAGCCAACAACCUCAGGGAAGCAGCCACCAACUUCUGGGGGAGCAGCCAACAACCUCAGGGGGAAACAGCCAACAACCAGCUCUCGUCUUCCUAGUAAUCUGA